UGUAUCAUCGCGUUGGCCGUACACUGGUUGGACGCAAUCCUGCACAACAGUUACAGCAGUGCACGCGACCAGUCUGGAUGCUAUCUGCAAGUUAAGCUCGCUUCCAUCGCAAAAGACGCAUCGCGCAGCAAGCGGUGAACAGUGCUAGGGCAGCAAAUUGAACAGAUUGUGCAUCGAAGGUGAACAGUUUUUGCUAACGCACCUGACAAACGGAACACAUUUCCGAGCAAACUUCCCUGCAUCGGUGUAAAACUUUGUUUCAACUCCCUUGCCACUACUUAAGUACGUACCCCUCGGAGAAAGAGGGAGAGAGAACAGUGCAUCUUUGCACGCGCGUCGGCCUAUCGGUUUAGCGAAUAAGUGUCUGUGGAGUGUUUAAGUUUUUGAUUGGAUUGCUGUUACCGUCUGCUCGCGUGCUGCAAUGUGUGAUCAAACGAUGCCACCAACAAGUGUGACAGAAGUGUGCUUUUAAUCGGACUGUCCCUACGCCAGUCUCGAUCGUUUCGAUCGGCGUGUCGGCACGAGGGCGUCCUUUCCAGUAUCAUGAGCGACGGUUACAACCGCCAGCGUGAGUGGUUGAAUUGUUGUGCGAUAAGUGGCGAUUACACGUAGUGGCACCACACUUGAAAUCACAGCAUCCUCGCCCUUUUGUGUGUCCAAGUGUCCACACCAAAACUGGCCUAGGCCGAGCAACGUCCACGACCAGCGGCACUUAAGUGUCCAUCGUCUGUACUAGCUGCUUGUGAAGUGGCCGCGUUUGUGUGCGUGGUAGGUGUGCUGUCUCGAAGCUUUUGAGCAAGGCUCGCUGGAGUGAGCGUGUGGUCGAGUGUAGCGAAGUGUAUGUACCUGUUCUCUGUCUAGGUGUGUGCGUGUGUCAGUGGGUGUGUGUGUGUGUGUUUCCUGUGUAUGUGUGCGUCCAGACGUAUGUGAGCGGGAAAAUAAACAUGAAACGUCUAAAUCGUCCCCGGGCACUGGUCUGUCAUCUGCUGCUGGCGAUCAACAUUCUAACUGUUUGCUGCAGCAGUAGCAGCUUAGGUAGCAGCAGCAGCAGCAGCAGUAGCACUGAUGUCACCAUCGCUGCAGACGGUUCCAUGCCCUCCAUAGCAAGCAUAACGGAAGCUAAGCCCAAUCCCAAGGAUCAGCAACAGGCCAAACAUCGACACCGGCGGGAGAACAGCGAAGACGAGAAUGGGUACGGACCGGCCACCAACGGAGAAGAAUCGGGUCUGGGCGGACCUAUCGGAGCACCGGGCCUCAGCGACGACGGCGGGGAGGAAAAUUUCAUCGCACUAGCACCAGAUGAAGCGGAUAUUUAUAACUUCUCCAACAUCAUGAGCAUGACCAUGGCGAACGGGCCGCGAUCCGGUGGCGGUACCAAUGUAAAUGAGGCAAAUCCAUUUAAUGAAUUUCGCAAUACACCACGCCAACGUGACGGUGAGCCCGACCGGCAGCUGUCAGCAAAGGGUGAAAAGGAGCUGCCCGAGCUGACGCUCGACGACGAGAAUGGGUUCGGUGAGGGCGCGUUGGGACGGCUCGGUGAAGGGCUAAGAAGUCGCCUCCAGGAGGAAGCGAACGGUGACGACGAGGACGGUGGCAAUGGAGGAGAGGUCGAGUCGGAAGAUGACAAUGCGGUCGAGCGAAGUCGCUUCCUGGCGAAGGAUCCGAGGCCCGCCGCCGGGCAGGAUGAACGCUCGUCCCGUACCGACACGGAUGCGGCACUGCUCAGCAACAGCAUCGACUUUUUGAACUCGAUCGAUGGGGCAUACCUUCUUGCUAAUGCCGCUAAUACUGGUGACCAGCAAGGGGUAAAGAGUGAUGAUUUGGCGCGAAAAAUUCUGGAAGAUAAUGACAAUAAUAUUGCAACACGCAAAACAACUGCGAGUCCGGCAGUGGGCACCGAUUCGGACAACGGUGAAAACGAACUGUUCGAGCAGAUGGAAAAGAAGGCGAAAUCGUACCGGCUGAAGCUGUACAAGAAGCACAAGAACUUCAAGCACACUCACCACCACCGGGGUGGGCUGUACCAUCAGCCGUACCACAACUUUCACCACGACUACUACCGCCGCAAAAUGUUGGAACGCGAGCGGGAGCGCUGGAAGAAAAUGCAGGACCUGAAGCCGGACUACCAGGGCCAGAUCAACUACUACGAAAACUCGAACAAGCUCGAAACGAACGACGACAUCAUGGCGCACCUGAACGGGCACAGCAGCCAGGAGAAGUGGCCCAACUUCGACAAGGUGAUGACCUCGCUCAAGACGGAAACGAAACCGGACAACAUCCCACCGUACAUCAAGAAGUACAACCGGCGCAACAAGCAGCUGAUCGAUCUGCUCGAGGGCACGAUCGCACCGUUGUCCGACUACAGCGUGCACAAGCAUCGGGAGCGCAAGUACCAUCGUAGGAAAAAUCCUCACUGGAUGGAGGAGGACCUGUUCGAGGAGCAGCGACCGAAUCAGGCGAAGGCCCAGGGCCUGCAGCGCAACUACAUCCAGGAAACGAUCCAGUCCUCGACGAUACACUCAAACGCACUGCCCGGCGAGGGCAUCCACAUCAUCUACGACAAGAAGCACGGCGCCGAUCAUGACGACUUUGACGAUGGUGGCGGUGCCGGAUCGCACCUGCUGUACGGUCGGCCAACCAUCGCGAGCGGUGGUGGUGGUCAUCCGGUGGAUGGACACCAUCCCAACUACAAGCUAUCGUCCCGGGCCGGCCAGUUCGUGUAUCAUCGUGUCGCAUCGCCCCAACCGGUAGGUGGCGCUGGCUACGGACGGUUGAAGCGUCAGCGUUUGCCGUUCGUAGCGAUCACGGAUCGGCGACUCAGUGCACCACCGAAACGUCGCACCAGCAGCCAUGUCAACAACAAUCUACUGAAUCACCAGCCGAUGCCUUAAGAAUCGAGAUCUAAAAAACUCUGUCUCCCCUUCACCUAGUCUGCUUAUUCUGCCUAUCUCCCUCUCUCACACACACACGUUUUGGUUUUAGUUUCAAUUUUAGUUAAAUUGCACUACUUUUAGCGCACAAAUUGUUUUGAACGAGAAAAAGAAGCAACAGUCGACAUAGCAAUGUGUCACAUUUAAAAACGGAAAUGAUUUGCUCAUUCUUUCAUUCCUGUCAUUCAAUCAUUCAUAGUGUCCCAAUUUAAAACUUCUUUCCAUAUUCCCCUAUUUCUCUCUCUUUCUCUCUCUCUCUCUCUCUCUCUCUCUCUCUCUCUCUCUCUGUCUCUCUCUCUCUGUCUCUCUCUCUCUCUCUCUCUCUCUUUUGCACAUCCAUUUUUACCCAUUUGCUUGUGCUACGACUUUCCCGACUGGCAGCGAGGUUUACGCUGACAGGACGCUCUGGUGCGUCCUCACGGUAGAUCGCACCCGGGGUCUUAUCAUCCGGUUUCUGGCAACUGUUUCUGUUCUCGCCAAAGACUAGGGCUGACGAUGAGUUGCUAUCGAUCGAGUGUGAUCGCGCUGGGAUGGGGUUUUGGGACGCGGGGGAAUGCACCGCACAGCACCACGGACCGCAAACAGAUACAGGUCCCAAGGACGAUGGAUAGGAUGGACGGUUUCUGUAACUGCUCCAGCUCCAUCCUUUCGCCGUAAAGUGCGUUGCGAACGGUGACAGACACUGAUACAAAAACCACAAACAAAACAAAAAGAAAGAAAAUGCAAAUACAAGUAGAAGACGAAGACAAUAUAUAUUUACUGAAGGGAGGAUGAGGAAGAUACAAAACCGAUAGUGGGGGAAAGGAAAUAAUGCUCACGGAAGUAAAGUGUCGAAUGAAAACAACAACAAAAAAUGGAAAAAUUAUACGAAAAAUCGAUAUAAAAGCAAAGCAAAACCAAACCAAAAGAAGAAGGAUAGAUACAAACAAAUGCUAACAAAAGAAAAUCAAUACAAAAUGUUAAAUAAUGGCACUUAUGCAAUUACCAUCCCAAAACUAUUCUACAAAUUUUGGGAAGAACACAAAAGUAAAACCCAGCGGCAGGUGGAGAUCGUUAUCAAAUAAGGCAAAUGGAACAUAAUCUCAUUACACAGCAGCGCAGCGCGGUUGGCUUACCCGUUCGGCGGACGAUACCCAUUGCUGUCAAGGCAGCUACACUGAGUCCAGAGCAAAAUCACCACCCUGUUUAACCGCACACCAAGCUAACAUAUCAAACUGGUGGCGAAAGUCACGAUUCCAAUCGUUGCGAGCAGUUUGCAACAUGAUCAGAAAGAUGCAAACGUUCACUAGCGGCUCCCUUCCGACACACGCACAUGCUCAAAAACACUCCAAUGCAGUUGUUGACUCUCCCCAGGAGCAACGCUUGAAUUUUUCCUUCCACCGGAAGCGGCAUCCCACGCACACGGUAGUCUUAUAAUCUCUAAUGCACAAAACAAAAGACAAACAAAAUUAUGACAAUAAUAAUAAACAUUUUAAAGACGUUUUUUAAUAGCGAAGAUAACACGACGCGUAGCACCAAGACCAGAUGGGAUGGGAGAUGUGCGGGCAGCUGAAUGUAUCGUUGGGGAUGGUACUGCAAACAAAACUGCAUAAAUGUCCCCCAUGUUUUUUUUUGUUUAUCUUUAGUGUUUUGGUUAGCUUGCCCAGUUCUGUCCAAAUUUCCGUACACCAUUUCCUGGUACGUUUCCUGACAAAAGCUUACCAGCCACGUUGCAGAACGCGUGGGACGUCGAUGAUGAUGCGCCGGACAGUGAAAUGUUAACGUAAGUUUUCUAUGAAAACAUAUAAGCAAUAGAAAAUGACAAUAUCUUAUAUACUGGCGGAAGGCCAAAGGGACGCGAAAGUGAGCUAAACGGGCUGCCACCACCGACGUAUGAGGAAGAAAGGAAGGAAGAAGAAGAAGAUAAAAACACGAUACCGGCGCCAUUCGUUCCCAGCAUAGGUUUUCUGGAAAAUUAAUUUAACAAAAAAAUAACAACUGCACUCUUUCAUGUUUCGGUAGGCGAAGCAAGCACAUUGUAGUACGUUUCAACUGUUACUGGUUGUGUUGACUGUAUCGUUUUAUGGUUGAUUAUGGACUUAAUUGAACAUUUAGCUCGCGAGUAGAGUAAAGCUAAAAACGGGAAGAAGCGCAUGGUCUAGGUUGGGAAUGCUUCCGGUAGGGGAUGAGGUAAAAUUCAAGCCGGCAACUGCCUUCAGACGACAAAACGAACGGCCAGAACCAUUGAUCGAUGUCGAUGACUUCACCCGUGCGUGACAUCUAUCAACCAACGAUACCAGCCAACCGCUGUGCCGCUGUGCCGCUGUGUAAGCAACUACGCGUUUAAGAUUGAAGAAGCAUAUAUGAGCAUAAUCUAAAUCACACAACCUAAGCUUCUGAUACUUCUCACGGCAUCGAUUCACCAGCUCACCGGUAAAGGAAAUUUAAGUGAAAAGUAUUUAAAAACCACGCCUAUAUACACAUACACUCACACACAUACAAACACACGCAAAACAGAGAAACAAAUGCAGCACGAUGAGAAGUGGCGGAUUUGAUUCAUAUAACCGUAAAGACACACACCCAAAAGUAGAAGGAAAUCUCGAAGGUGGACGUUCCAAAAAGGGGAGCAGGAAGCGGGGAGUAAAAAGAAAACAAGUUAUAGUCAAUUUUCUAAGCGGUAUGAAGGACACAAAACGGUGAGAAUCCCACGUGCCCCAAGUGGGAUGGCUUCGGUGUGAAGUAGGCACAAACCGAACCGAUAUCAUCCGGACGCCGAGGCUGACGUCGAACGGGGUCAAAUUAAACGGUGGCGAUGACUAAAUGACACUCUGUAUGUAUGGGCUAAGGGAUGGAGGGGCUACUGCUGCUCCCUCAUAACAACAAAGAAGAGGAAAAAAAACAAUACCCUACAAACAAACGGUUAAUAGAUUUUAAGGCAAAUUCCACAUACCACAGCCAGGUGAGUGUGUGAGUGUGGAUGUAUAAAACUACUGACAGAUACAGAAUAAACCAAAUCCAGGCCAACGCCACAGCCCAGGCUGGGAGGGCUCAGCAACCCACCUUCCUGUGGUGGUGUUGGUAGCUGGUGGCUGGAUGGAAUGCUCGCUUAAUACUGUAUAUUUUAGCAGGCUCAGUGCGACGCUUAUGUCGACUUUAUUAGGAUAGGUUCUUGCACAAGACACAGACACAAACACACGUAUGUAUGCGUAAUACACAGUAAUACACAGCAACACAGAGUAAAAGGUGCAUAGCGUUGCAUACACGGUUCACGAUUGUUUCGCAAUCUCACGUACCUAUCCCCACGGGGAAGGUAAGACAUUUUUUACACUUUUACUCUUACCUUCCCCCCGGAGACGCAGCCCGUGGGAAGCGCAAAUAAUGUUCAGGCUGGAAGUUGACGAUGGAUGGCCCAUUGCUCCUGACUGGUCAGGCUAUCAGCUCAGAAGGAAAGUCGAUUGCUUCCGUUUUCCCAUGUAAUUUUUCUUUUGGCAUGGUUCUCGGCACCCGCGACCAUGAAUCUCGGCAGCUAGGUAGAACGGUUGUGUCACACCUUGCACCAGCAGCAGGCUGCACACGUUCUGCCAAAAAGUAGAUUUGUUGCGUUGUUUAUGCUCUAUAAAAUGAACCACUCUUCUCCCCCUUCCCCCACGACAAAUGAUGCUUUGCUGGGCUGAAGUUUCAAACAAUGUAACCUUCCACGAACGGGCAACCAGCAAACGCAACCACCACCAUGGAUCGAUACAGACACAGUGAACACACAUGCACGCACACUUGUAGUCAAGCAUGGGCAGGCAGAUCAAUGUAUGAAUGGCAAAGGGAAGCGAAGUACACAAAACACAAAUAACAGCCGAGUGUGUGUGUGUGUGUGUGUGUUUCACUUGGAAUGGUACAGGCCGUAGGCAUACACUAUCCCAUUGCCGGAUGAUUUCCACUUAAAAACAUGACGAAUUUCAUUGAAUAUACAAGUUGUCUAACACACCCUCACGCUCACACACACACACAACCAUUCAAGAAUCGGACAGGUUUAUAGUUUCUCCGGAAGUAUAUUUCAUCAGCCAGCACUGUAGGUCACCGGCAAAAGCUGCUGCCACGUGCUCUUCGGUACAGUUUUUGCGUGUAGUAGCACUGCUUGAACAGCAUCCCGUAGCAUUGUGCCAUCAUUAGCUAAUGGGUUAGGCAGCAGAAAUAAGCACACUUUUCACUAACCUGAACUACAGAAACACUCACACACACAUACAUUAUAGCGCGGAAAUUGAAAACAGACAAACUGAACCGAAACCAAGCAAGCAAGCCACAAAAUUAAUAAAGCGCAAAGACACACACACACACACACCUACAUACGCAGCAACACAAAUCAAUGAAACAACAAAUGGCAAAGGAACAAUAAGAUAGAAAUAAAGAAGUAUGGAAAAAACUA